AAGAAAAAGAAAAAAAUACCCAAACCGAUUUUGGCUGCGCGGAGGCUCGUCGGCUCGCGACAUGCAUCCCUCCGGGUAGACUGCACAUCCCUCGCGGCAUCCCCGCCCCGCGCGCCGUGCGAAGAGGAUCCGGGUUGGAAUCUGCGCCCCCGGUUCUCGUCCCCGCCCCGUCCCGCCGCCCCCUCCCGCUCCCGGAGUCGAAAUUUCCCCGGGAUUAUGUGUCGGAAAGGUAGGUGAGCGCCGGGCGCGCCGCCCCGGACAGGCCCCCGCGCCGCGCCGCCGCGCCGGCACCCGGGGGCAGAGGCUCGCCGCCGACGCGGACGGCCCCCGGCUCGCCCCUCCGCCCUGUUUUCCGUUAGGAACCCGGCGAGGAAAUCCAUGCACCGGCUGGGAGCCGCCCGCGCCGGGGCGCCGCGCUGCCAGGUGUAGGGACAGAGCGAGGGCUGGGGCGCCUGGGGACCCCCGGAGUCCCCGCCGCCUCCCCCGGAGGCGCUUCUUCAUUGCUGCCCUCGGGGCGGACGGAGUGAGCCCGACCCGCACGCCCCGCGCCGACCAUGGUAGUGUUCAAUGGCCUGCUUAAGAUAAAAAUCUGCGAGGCCGUGAGCUUGAAGCCCACUGCCUGGUCACUGCGCCAUGCGGUGGGGCCCCGGCCACAGACUUUUCUCCUCGACCCCUACAUCGCCCUCAACGUGGAUGACUCGCGCAUCGGCCAAACGGCCACCAAACAGAAGACCAACAGCCCGGCCUGGCACGACGAGUUCGUCACCGACGUGUGCAAUGGGCGCAAGAUCGAGCUGGCCGUCUUCCACGAUGCCCCCAUCGGCUACGACGACUUCGUGGCCAACUGCACCAUCCAGUUCGAGGAGCUGCUGCAGAACGGGAGUCGCCACUUUGAGGACUGGAUUGAUCUAGAGCCAGAAGGAAAAGUGUAUGUGAUCAUCGAUCUCUCUGGGUCCUCGGGCGAAGCCCCCAAAGACAAUGAAGAGCGUGUGUUCCGGGAGCGCCUGCGGCCCAGGAAGCGACAGGGGGCUGUCAGACGCAGGGUCCACCAGGUCAACGGCCACAAGUUCAUGGCGACCUACCUUCGGCAGCCCACCUACUGCUCCCACUGCAGAGACUUUAUCUGGGGUGUCAUAGGAAAACAGGGAUACCAAUGUCAAGUUUGCACUUGCGUGGUCCACAAGCGAUGCCAUGAGCUGAUAAUUACGAAGUGUGCUGGAUUAAAGAAACAGGAAACUCCUGACGAGGUGGGCUCCCAGCGCUUCAGCGUCAACAUGCCCCACAAGUUUGGGAUCCACAACUACAAGGUCCCCACCUUCUGCGACCACUGCGGCUCCCUGCUCUGGGGCCUCCUGCGACAGGGCUUGCAGUGCAAAGUGUGCAAGAUGAAUGUUCACCGGCGCUGCGAGACCAACGUGGCCCCCAACUGUGGAGUGGACGCUCGAGGGAUCGCGAAAGUGCUGGCAGACCUGGGCGUCACCCCAGACAAAAUCACCAACAGUGGCCAGAGGAGGAAAAAGCUCAUUGCCGGUGCAGAGUCCCCACAGAUGGCAUCUGGCAACUCACCAUCGGAGGAAGAUCGAUCCAAGUCUGCACCCACCUCCCCUUGUGACCAGGAAAUAAAAGAACUUGAAAACAACAUCCGGAAGGCCUUGUCGUUUGACAACCGAGGGGAGGAGCAUAGGGCAGCGGCGUCCUCAGGUGAUGGCCAGCUGGCAAGCCCUGGAGAGAAUGGUGAAGUCCGGCAAGGCCAGGCCAAACGCCUGGGCCUGGAUGAGUUCAACUUCAUCAAGGUGUUGGGCAAAGGCAGCUUCGGCAAGGUCAUGUUGGCAGAGCUCAAAGGCAAAGACGAAGUGUAUGCUGUGAAGGUCCUAAAGAAGGACGUCAUCCUCCAGGACGACGACGUGGACUGCACCAUGACGGAGAAGAGGAUUUUGGCUUUGGCUCGGAAACACCCGUACUUGACCCAACUCUAUUGCUGCUUCCAGACCAAGGAUCGCCUCUUCUUUGUCAUGGAGUAUGUAAAUGGCGGAGAUCUCAUGUUCCAGAUCCAGCGCUCCAGAAAAUUCGAUGAGCCUCGUUCCCGAUUCUAUGCUGCAGAGGUGACGUCAGCUCUCAUGUUCCUCCACCAGCACGGAGUCAUCUACAGGGAUUUGAAACUGGAUAACAUCCUUCUGGAUGCAGAAGGUCACUGCAAGCUAGCUGACUUUGGGAUGUGCAAAGAGGGGAUUCUGAACGGUGUGACGACUACCACGUUCUGCGGGACGCCUGAUUACAUCGCCCCUGAGAUCCUGCAGGAGUUGGAGUACGGGCCUUCCGUGGACUGGUGGGCCCUGGGAGUGUUGAUGUACGAGAUGAUGGCUGGGCAGCCCCCCUUUGAGGCAGACAAUGAGGACGACCUGUUCGAGUCCAUCCUCCAUGAUGACGUGCUCUACCCAGUCUGGCUGAGCAAGGAGGCCGUCAGCAUCCUGAAAGCCUUCAUGACCAAGAACCCCCACAAGCGCCUGGGCUGCGUGGCGGCACAGAACGGUGAGGAUGCCAUUAAGCAGCACCCCUUCUUCAAGGAGAUCGACUGGGUGCUCCUGGAGCAGAAGAAGAUCAAGCCGCCCUUCAAACCUCGCAUUAAAACCAAAAGAGACGUCAAUAACUUUGACCAAGACUUUACCCGGGAAGAGCCGGUCCUCACCCUGGUGGAUGAAGCCAUCGUGAAGCAGAUUAACCAGGAGGAAUUCAAAGGCUUCUCUUACUUUGGUGAAGAUCUAAUGCCCUGAGAAGCUGCCCCACGUGGAGUUUUGUGAUGCUGCAAGUAGGGAUUGUUUGCCGCCUUGAGGAUUCCAGGUUUCCAGAAGCUCUAAUGGCCUGAACUACUUCUCCUCCUUGGAACCCCAGUCCCUGUCCACUCUCUAUUUAUUGCAUUCCCUUACCCUCGGCCUCUCCUCUCACUGGUGACCAGAAGCACUCUUGGUUCUUGUCUCACGAGCAAUGUACAAUCGUGUUAGUUGGCAGUGCAGCUUGGGUACCCUGCCACGUGUGGUCUGUUGGCAAGCCAAGUUGUUCUCGGGGGCUCCUGGCAGCAAUGGAACUUCAUUUCUUUUAUUGAAAAGAGGAAGAAACAGUGAAGACGAUUCUGGCUCUGCUACUGGACAGAGAGUCCCAGCAGUCUCAUUUUUCAUCCC